AUGCAGUCAGAGAUACAGCACAACUUGCAAUGUAAGCACAGGCGGACCGGAGUCCGGUGCCGGUGGUACCGCAGCUCCCGGCCGCAGAUUGCCGCACUCUCAGCACCUCUCAGCGCUCAGGAAAGUUUUCGUCUUAAGCUCUCACAGGCAUGUACACUAGAAUGUGAAGGAAAGCUGCCUUCUGCCAAGGCCUGGGAGACCUGCAAGGAACUGCUGCAGCUGACAAAACUGGACCUGUCUGAGGAUGGAAACGCUGCUCCAGGAGACAAAAAAGAGCUGGAUGAGAACCAUCUGCUUGCCAAGAAAUAUGGGGGCUUCAUGAAGAGAUACGGGGGUUUCAUGAAGAAAAUGGAUGAGCUCUACCACCCAGAGUCAGAGGAUGAAGCUAAUGGAGGAGAGAUCCUGGCUAAGAGGUACGGAGGGUUCAUGAAGAAGGACUCAGAUGAUGAUGCCCUGGCUAAUUCCUCUGAUCUGCUGAAGGAGCUUUUAGGAGCAGGGGAUAACCCUGAAGCGGCGCAUUACCGAGGAAUAAAUGAAAAUGAUGGAGACGUCAGCAAAAGAUACGGCGGUUUCAUGAGAAGCAUAAAGCGCAGUCCAGAACUGGAGGAUGAAGCCAAAGAGCUGCAAAAGAGAUACGGUGGUUUCAUGAGAAGAGUGGGCAGGCCAGAGUGGUGGCUGGAUUACCAGAAACGGUACGGCGGCUUUCUCAAGCGCUUCGCUGAUUCCAUUCUCCCUUCAGAAGAAGAUGGGGAAACUUAUUCCAAAGAGGUCCCAGAGAUGGAAAAGAGAUAUGGUGGAUUUAUGAGAUUUUAAUACCUUUCCCUUUAUCCCUUUUGUCCUAAAUGAGAGAGACUGCCUUAUUGGUCAUAACUUAUUGUAAUGUGUGCUUGUAUUGUACAGUUUUUUUACCGUCCUGGUUAAUGAUGCAACCUGUGAUCUAUUGUUCCAGGUCCUGUGUUCUUUCAAGUCAAAUAACUAAUUCCUGGUUUAGUCAAGUUUUGGUCUGUGCUGUAGUUUCCAUGCUAAAAUGAUUUUGAUUACUGUAUUAAUUUUCUUUGAACAGGAAGUACGUCUACAGUAGAAUUGCUUUACCGUAUAUACAAUAAAUUCUUCAUCCUAAUUGCAUCAAUUCUGAAAUGCUUUUUUCUCUGUUAUUUAAUCAAACAUAUCAUUUUUUUCUUAAUGGUAAGCGUAGUAACUCCAAACUGUUCUGUAAUUACAGAAUUUGUACUGCACACACAACACCUGAAAUGAAUUUUUGUUUUUAGUUUUCUC